AUGCGGCUAAACUCUCCAAUGGUGAUGCAUCAAGUAAAUCUUUGGAACCCACCUCCCCUAGGCGUUCUCAGGUUUAACAUUGGCGGAUCCUCCCAUGGAACACCAGGAAGAAGUAACAUUGGUGGUGUAAUAACAAACUCUAGCAAGCAAGCUUUGGGGGUCUUCUCUAAGGCAAUGUGGGACUGGUGGGCCUAUGAGGCGAAGGUCAAGGUGAUACUGCAUGCGCUCAUUUUCUGUUACCAGUUCCAACUCAAUCAUGUCUUUAUUGAGAGAGAUUCCUCCCUCGCAGUAAUAUGGGUCAAUUGUAAAUUAAAUAGACAAUGGAAAUUGAUUCAGGAUAUAAAUCUCAUUGGUUUACUUUGCAUUGAGGUGGACUGCAUUGGCGUUAACCAUGUAUAUAGAGAAUCAAAUCAUAUUGCUGACUACCUUGUGCAAAGUCUGGCUGCAAUAGGGUAA